UUCUUCAGAUAAAGAAAGCGCUAGAACUGUGCUGUGAAGACGGUAACCCUUGUGUACACUAUUACAGGCCAACUCAGAUUAAGUCUGAGGCCGGUAACAUCAAUAGUGAGGACAAACCCAGCCUGCCUCACUCCUUCCACACUGAGUCCAAACUUACAGUCACUGGGUCCUGAUUGUGACAGUGGAGCCCAGUUUGCACAGCAGGAUCCAGAGAUGGCAUCAGUGAAGCUGGAAGACUGCAGUCAAACACUGGAGCUGAAUGUCAACAUUAAAGAUGAAGAGGAGGAGAAAUUGGUUUCUCUUAGACGACUAGAAUUAAGUCUGAAGCCGGUAACAUCAAUAGUGAGGACAAACUCAGUCUGCCUCUCUCCUUCCACACUGAGUCCAAACCUACAGUCACUGGGUCCUGAUUGUGACAGUGGAGCCCAGUUUGCACUGCAGGAUCCAGAGAUGACAUCAGUGAAGCUGGAAGACUGCAGUCAAACAAUGGAGCUGAAUGUCAACGUUAAAGAUGAAGAAGAUAAGAUUGGGAAAUCUCUUUCUCAAGGAGACCAUGUUGAGACAUUCUCUACAUUCAGAGAGAAACAGCAGGAAGAUCACAGAGCUAAGAGGUCUCACCACUGCCCACAUUGUGAGAAGAAUUUUUCAAUUCUAUCAAAGCUAAAAUUACAUGUAAAAAUACACACAGGAGAGAAUCUGUUUUCCUGUACUGACUGUGGGAAGAAUUUCACAACAUCAAAGGCUCUGGCAGUUCAUCAGAGAGUGCACAGAGAGAAGCCUUACUCCUGCUCUGACUGUGGGGCGAGUUUCUCUCAACUGUGCACCUUAAAAAGACAUGAACGUAUACACACAGGAGCGAAGCCUUACUCCUGCUCUGACUGUGGAAAGAGUUUCUCUAAACUGUACAACUUAAAAACACAUGAACGUGUGCAUACAGGAGAGAAGCCUUACUCCUGCUCUGACUGUGAAAAAUGCUUCAAAAGAUCAACUGCUCUAAAAGUUCAUCAGAGAACACACACAGGAGAGAAGCCUUACUCCUGCUCUGACUGUGGAAAGGGUUUCUCUCAACUGGGUGACUUAAAAACACAUGAACGUAUACAUACAGGAGAGAAGCCGUACUCCUGCUCUGACUGUGAUAAAUGCUUCAAAACAUUAACUGAGCAAAAAGUUCAUCAGAGAACACACACAGGAGAGAAGCCUUACUCCUGCUCUGACUGUGAAAAAUGCUUCAAAACAUCAACUGAGCAGAAGGUUCAUCAGAGAACACACACAGGAGAGAAGCCUUACCCCUGCUUUUACUGUGAAAAAUGCUUCAAAACAUCAACUAACCGAAAAGUUCAUCAGAGAACACACACAGGAGAGAAGCCUUACUCCUGCUCUGACUGUGAAAAAUCCUUCAAAAGAUCAACUGCUCUAAAAGUUCAUCAGAGAAAUCACACAGGAGAAAAACCUUACACCUGCUCUGACUGUGGAAAGAGUUUCUCUCAACUGGGCGACUUAAAAACACAUGAACAUAUACACACAGGAGUGAAGCCUUACUCCUGCUCUGACUGUGAAAAAUGCUUCAAAACAUCAACUGAGCAAAAAGUUCAUCAGAGAACACACACAGGAGAGAAGCCUUACUCCUGCUCUGACUGUGGAAAGAGGUUCUCUCAACUGGGCCACUUAAAUAGACACGAACGUAUACAUACAGGAGUGAAGCCUUACUCCUGCUCUGACUGUGGAAAGAGUUUCUCUCAACUGGGCGAAUUAAAAACACAUGAACGUGUACAUACAGGAGAGAAGCCUUACUCCUGCUUUUACUGUGAAAAAUGCUUCAAAACAUCAUCUGAUCAAAAAGUUCAUCAGAGAACACACACAGGAGAGAAGCCUUACUCCUGCUCUGACUGUGGAAAGAGGUUCUCUAAACUGGGGGACUUAAAAACACAUGAACGUAUGCAUACAGGAGUUAAGACUUAAUCCUGCUCUGACAGCAUCAACUGACCUAAAGGUUUGUCAGAACACACACUGGAGAGAGGCCUUACUCCUGCUCUUAAUGUGGCAAGAGUUUCUCCCGAUUGGGAAAUGUAAAGACACACCAACGGAUACACACUUGACCGAAGCCUUAUCAAAGCACUGACUGUGAGAAGAUAUUCUACAGAUUGGGCCAUUUUAAAAGACACCAAUGUAUACAUAAAGGAGAGAAGCCUCAUCAGUUCUCUCAGACCAGCUAAGAUUAGACACUCCACUUCAUUCUCAUGUCAUUAAAUAAUUGCCAACAUUGAAUUGGAUCAAAUGAAGAAUAGAACACUAUUGUAAAAAAAACAACAUUAAGGACACCUGCUCUUUCCAUGACAGACAGACCAGGUGGGCUAAGGAAUGAAAACCCUGGACACUGUAAAAAUUGGAAAACUGUUGCCUGGUCUGAUGAAUCUCUGUUCCUGCUGUUUCACACUGAUGGGACGGCUAAGGUAUUUAGGAAACCACGAGUACAUGCAUCCAGUGGUGGAAAAAAUACCUAACUGUCAUACUUGAGUGAAUUUAAUCAUGCCUUAAUAAAAAAUGACUCACGUAAAAGUGAGUCACCCAGUAAAAUACUACUUCAGUAAAAGUCUAAAAGCUUUUGGUUGUAAAUAUACUUAUAUAUCAAAAGUAAAAGUAAUUGCUAAAAUAUACUUAAUCAAAAGUAUGAAUAAUUUAAAAUUCCUUAAAUUAAGCAAACCAGACUGCAAAACUGUUUUUUUAUAUUACGGAUAGCCAGGGGCUCACUCCAACACUCAGACAUAAUUUACGAAUGAAGCAUUUGUGUUUAGUGAGUCCGCCAGAUCAGAGGCAGUAGGGAUGACCAGGGAUGUUAUCUUGAUAAGUGUGUGAAUUGGACCACUUUCUGUCCUGCUAAUCCUAAACAAUGUAACAAUUACUUUUGGGUUUCAGGGAAAAUCUAUGGAGUAAAAAGUACAUUAUUUUCUUUAGGAAUGUAGUGAAAUAAAAGUUGUCAAAAAUAUAAAUAGUAAAGUACAGAACCCCCCCCAAAACUACUAAAGUAGUUUAAAUAAUUUUUACUUCAGUACUUUACACCACUGCCUGCAUCCAUACCAUAUAUCAGCAUUGCAGGCUGGUGGUGUGAUGGCUGGGGUGUGUUUUCAGGGCACACAUUGAGCACCUUGAUAAAAGUUGAGCAAUGUUUGAAUGCCACAGGAUAUUGUGAGAGCAAAAUUGCAAGAUUAUGUUAUAGUUUAAUUUUAUCAAAUGGUUGUUUAUUGCAACAGAAUAGAGGGUUCUUAUAACUCUAUGGUUUCUGUGUGAACUGAAAAUGGGCCUCUGGGAGAUUUAACACUGACAGAAGAUUUACGUUGUCUUAGGUUGAUAAACCUAACAAGACCGCAUUCCAUAGAAGGAGUUAAUGUUUCUGUCCUGAGGUACCAGGGGGAGAUGGCUCUGGAGAGUUGGGGGGCCAGACCCUGGUCUCUACACGAUGAGAAAUUAGUACCUUUCAUAUGAAUCCUUACCUUGUGGCCCAUUCCAUAAAUCUGUUGUUUGUCAUGAACAUCCAAGAGGAUGGACUUUGCUAUAAAAUGCUGUGGCUUAUUCCUGCUGGUUGGGCUCUCGACGAAUCACCUACGGGAGGGUCAUUGACAAGCUCCAUUACUGCAGUAAUUAAAUAAAGUUUGAUUGUUUUGAAGAAA